ACUGAGUCGUCCACGCCAGUCUGAUAUUGAUUCUCAUAGGAGGUGAAAGAUUGGUGGUGCGUCCCGUGCUAGGGAGUCGACACUCCUCUAACUCAGCCCACACGCUUUAAGCGGACAGUAACACAAACAGAUGAUGGUGGCCGUGAGGUUCCACGGGCGGCGGGUGGUGGUGUGUCUGUUGCUAGUGGUGGCCGCGUUAGGUGUCUACCAUCUCCUGGCCAUCAACUCCCUUGCAGACGUCAGCAACCGUUUUCUACUCAGAGCCCUAGUGGAGCAUGGAGUGAAAUCCGGGAUUAACACCAAUGUCAAUCCUGCUCACAUGGCUUGCCAACACCCGAUUCUGGAUGUGAAGAAUCCAGAGAUCUACAGGUUCUUCCACCACCUUGACCCGAUCCAGUGUAGUGAAGAACCAAAUUGGGUGUUGGUGAAGGGAUCCCAGGCGACUAUCACCCCACAGGCCCGUGCUGCCCACGGUGACGUAGAGUGUUCCUUCACAGAGCUGUUGAGGGCAGGAGAUGACAACAACCGCCGCGGCCUUACCACCACCACCCACGAUACCUUCACCCUCACCAACACCGAUUUUUAUACUGUCUUCUGCACGGCUAAGGAUGGCAAACAGUGGGAAAACACGAUAGCUGGCAUCCGUCAUGAUGAAGAUCUGCGUUCAAUGGUUACCUGGAACAAAGUACCUGACGACGCCCUCAAACUCAACUUCCUUAUGCUCGGGUUCGACUCCCUCUCACACAACACUUUUAUACGUACUCUGCCCAAGACCUACGCCUUCCUGACGGACACCCUAGGAUCACAUGUUAUGGAGGGUUACAAUAUUGUUGGUGACGGUACACCUCAGCAGCUUAUCCCCAUCCUGACCGGGAAAACGGAGUUAGAAUUACCAGAGACGAGGCGGCGAAUGGGAGAGCAAGCUCAAUACGUCAACACAUACCCUUUUAUCUGGAACGACUUCAAGAAGAAUGGUUAUGUCACUUUGUACGCAGAGGAUUUGCCUCACGUAGGAACCUUCCAGUAUAGGCUGCGAGGGUUCGACAGUCCUCCGACCGACCACUACAUGAGGCCCUUCUAUGUCACUACUUACCCGGAGUUCCAUAACCACCCCAAGCUCUGCCUCAAGGCUACACCUCGCCACAAGGUGUUUUUCAACUAUGUGUACGAUUUCAUGAACGAAUACAAGAAAGAUCCCAAGUUUGCCUUUGCUUUCCACGGGGAGUUGUCUCACGAUGAUUACAACUUAGUGUCCGUCGCUGACCAGGACCUGGUCGAGAUGCUCACGUCGCUGUGGAAUGAUGGCCACCUGAAUAACACCAUCCUCGUCCUGAUGAGCGACCAUGGGCACAGGUUCACCACCAUCCGAGGGACGCAACAGGGUAAGCAGGAGGAGCGACUACCCUUCAUGUCGUUUUACCUUCCUCCAGCCCUUAAGACCACCUACCCUUCUGCUGCUGAUAACGUCAGAAUGAAUAUCCAUCGUCUCACAACCCCUUUCGACCUGUACCCCACCAUGCAAGACAUUCUCCACUUCUCAGGGGCAAGGUUGGGCCAGGCUACAGAGCGAUCCAUUUCCCUAUUCAGUCAGGUUCCUGCCUCGCGUACGUGUGCUGAUGCAUUCAUUGAGCCUCACUGGUGUGCCUGCCUCACUUGGGAGGCGGUAAGCAUAAAGGAAGAUCGAGUGCAGAGGGCUGCCCAUGCGCUAGUCCAUUAUAUCAACACCUACACCGCUCCACAACGUUCUCUUUGUCACGAGCUUAUUAUUCACAAGAUCACAUGGGCCGGGAAGCUCCUCCCAACUAAAGCACACAUUCGUGGGACGCGUGAUAGAGUGAGGUUCUAUUUACAGUGCUUCUCUUGACAAGGAAGAACUACUCAGAGAAAUUGUUCGAGCACACGAAGUUCUGUAUUAUACGAAGUCACCUAAUUACAGGGACCAUAGGUAAUAGGUAUUUGACUGGUUUCAUCCAUUUCAAAUUGUGAACAUAUUUAAUUUUUUUGUUUUUAAUAAAGUGCAAUAAAUUAUAUUAUAAACUUUAAGUGACUAACAUAACAUUCAAUUCUGUAUUAGUAAGCACAUUAAAAUUUAUUAAGUACUAUUAGCUAUUAUUCUCGUGUUCAUGACUAAGCUGAAAAUUUUUUUUCUUUGUAAAAUCACGUGAAGUGACGUGACAAGCGUGAAUCCUAUUGCCGAUUUCACGGUUGUAAGGCCUCGUGAGCUCACAUGAUCUCACGUGACGUGAUAAGCGUGUGUUCCCGCCAUGAGUUACUGGAGAGAUGUGAGGUGCACGGGGCAGCCUGGAACGAGGAGAAUAUUUUAAAACAACUGGUUAUAAUUUUACUCAUUACAUGGUCUGGCAACGUUGAUGAUUCACAUGCUGUCCUUUCAAACCAUCAAGUUUUAGCCUAGAAAAAUCUGGAACUUUAAUGGGAAUUUCCCUUCGACUGACAUUGUGUUAUUUUGAUUAUCGCUUCCUUGUGAUCGCUGUUUGCUAGUUCACUCUCUACGUCAACAUUAUGAAUGAAGUUUUCUCUGUUCGACAGCUAAAUAUGUAUAUUAUUCUCCCAACACGAUAACUAGGCACUUUCUUGAGAUAUAUCCUCAUGCACUUAUGCUCCCUUAGCAAUUUAAACACUUCAACAUCCUUUCAACUGCCCUCUCGAGAGAGCUCCUCUAGAUAAAUGUACCCCAUGCCUUGCAUACAGGUCCCUUCUGCCGUAGAGGCUAUCCCAGUUGGCAACGAAUUGAAAUAAUAUUGUCAAGCGAUAUUUGUCAAGUCCGCUGUUGAUGCCAACUGUCUUUGACAACCAAACACUGCCAAUUCUUGCUAUGCAGAUCACCACUUAUGAUAGGAAUACCGCUGUUAAUCCUAAUAUAUUCGAUAGCUGCCUUGAAUUUACCUAGGAGGGCUUCACUCCUACACCAGCCAAUGUCGUUGCCUCUUUCAUUGAGGUUUGUUCCCAUUACCAGACAUGAUAUUGUCCAUCAUAUCUACUACGUCACACACCCCAGCUCCUGGAAAACACGCCCUUAUCCUACUACUCCUGUCCCUGCCACAGAAGGCACAAUCUCCAACAAUUUCAGUUUCCUUUCCUUCUAUGUCCGCUUUAUCCUUAAAUUUCUUAACAUCCAUUUCGUCCUUCAGAGGAAUAAAUGACUUUAAACAUUUAGCUGCUAUAUUUAUCUUCCUCAGUACCCGUCUAGUUGCCCUUUUCUUCACUACUUUCCACUGGUCAGUGUUUUUGUGUUUAACAGUACCCACUACCUUUCUCAGUAUUCCUCACCUUCCCCGGUACCCCUCACCUUCCUCGGUACCCCUCACCUUCCCCGGUACCCCUCACCUUC